UGACUUGGAACUGUGAGGUGACUUGGAACAAUUGUGUUAUUUUUUGAUAACAGCGUUUAAUUUUAUACUAGAUAAGGGAAAUAAAAUUCUGCCUCCGCAGCAAUAUUUUUCGGAACGUUUUGUAAACGUUUCAUUAUCAUCGAAAAUGUGUUAUCUCUUAUCAAUAAGCCAUGUGAUACAACCAUAAUUUAAUAAAAAAAAUCCAAAUUUCCAACUCCUUAAUUAAGAGCUGCAAAAGUGGUACUUCAGCUUCAAAAUUCAAGGGUUGGUUUUAUUUUCCGUCAAAAAUAAUUGGGUGACUUGGAACAUGCCUAACUAUUAUAAGCGAACACCCGGCAGUCGUACUUACCACAAUUUUUCUGAAGAAACUUUAGAAAAUGCAUUAAACGAAAUACGAAAUAAUAGAUUGACUUACCGACAGGCUUCUGAUAAGUAUGGUAUACCAAUAAGCACUUUAAGUAGGAAAAAAAACAAACUAAAUCUUAAUCCCCACGGUGGCCAAACAGCAUUAACUUCUACUGAAGAAGAUAAUAUUGUAGAAACAAUAUUAUUUGCAUCUGAUUGGGGUUACCCUUUUGAUAGGGAAGAAGUUAAGAGAUUGAUCAAGUCAUACUUAGAUCGUGCCGGCCGAAAAAUAAAAAUAUUUAAAAACAAUAAACCUGGCGAUGAUUGGUACACACGUUUUGUAUCCAGACAUUCUGGUCUUUUGAAACCUAGACUUUCCGAGAAUAUCAAAAGAUCACGAGCUGCUGUCUCAAGAACUACCAUCAAUGAAUAUUUUAAUAACCUUGAAUUAAGUUUAGAAAAUGUACCACCGCAAAACAUAAUUAACUAUGAUGAGACAAAUUUUAUAGAUGAUCCGGGUAGAACAAAAGUUUUAGUGAGAAAAAAAAAUAAACAUGCUGAUUGA